AUGUCGUCACCACCCCCUUAUCCAAACACAUCCAAUCCGCUCAAGCGGCCCUCUCUUUCUUCCUCUGCGUCACAACCCCUCGGCAAAAAGGCUCGCAUGCACCCUCUCCGACAGACCUCAUUUCCCAAUGGUCUUGACGCCGCGGAUCGAAGCUUCGGCCCAACCAGUGAUGCAGGCAGUGUGACGGGUAGUUUCACCGGUAGUAUUGGGGGCGCCAGUGCCGAUGGAGUUUUUGCGGUUGCUGCGCGCGGAAAGAAGCGCGGGCGAAAAAGUAAAGCCGAGAAGGAGCGGGAACGUGAGCGGGAAGAUGCCAUGAGCGCACGCGCUGGGGAUGGCCGGCUUGGAUCUGUGGAUGCUGAGGGCUCGGUUCGGGGUGGGAUGGGCGGAGGAGGGGGAGGAACAGGUGGUGGUGGAGGGGACGACGCCGAAGAUGAUGAGGAUGAUGAUGAAGGUGAAUUGUUGGGGAGGGAAGAAGGGACAACGGACACGGAGGCCGAGAAGAAGAAUUUGGCUAUCUUGGUCGACGCUUUCAACCCUCAACAAUCAGAGCGAUAUGAUCUGUUCAAACGAGCCAAGCUUCGAAAAGAAUCUCUCCGUCGGAUUGUGAACCAUGCACUCUCCCAAUCUGUUCCAGCCAGUGUGGUAACUACAGUCAACGGUUUCACAAAGGUCUUUGCCGGAGAGAUGAUCGAAAAGGCCCGCACCGUCCAGGCCGAAUGGGCAGACGCUUUCGAUGAAUCCGCUCGAGCGGCCUUUGAAGCUGAAGAAGCCGCCGCCGAGAAAGCCGCUCAGGCUAGAGCCGAUGCCGCCGCCGCCGCCCAAGCCAAAGCUGCGACGCCCACACCAUCAAGCACACCUGCUCCAGCAUCCAGCUCAGCUCCCACCAGCAACGGCAUCAAAAAGGAGCCAUCCGCCACCGAUCACAACAAACUGUCUUCUACCCCAAUCAAUCAAAAUCAUAACAACUCCACGUCCUCCCCUGCGCCACCUCCCGUCUCCCACGCCUCUCCCUCCCCAUCCCUCUCCAAACCUGCUACCAUCUCCACACCAAGUUCAGCACCCCUUCGCCCAAAAAGAGAAUUCCGCCCACCUCCCAACCCCCAUCGUGGUCAACUUUUGCCGUCCCAUCUGCGAGAGGCCCUUCGCCGAUACAAGCGUGACGGUGAAGGGGGCGGCGUGGGUUUCUCAGGCUUGAGUAUGGAUAAUCUCGGAGUGAAGGGCUCCGUGACCUGGAGUUCUGGCAGCAUUGGAGGCCGACGGCUUUUCCGUUGA